GUACUGGCAUUUGAAAAUUCGUUUAGGCCACGAGCUUGCAAGCACGCGCAAUUCCAGAGGAAUGCUGAAGUUUUGACGCUAUAAAGACUUGACAAAAUGUCGAUCCGCCUUCGCGACCUCAUUAAACAAGUGCGCGCAUGUAAGACGGCAGCGGAGGAGCGCGAGGUCAUAGCGAAGGAGAGUGCAGCUCUGCGCGAAGCUUUCAGGGACCAGGACCAGUCUUACCGGCACCGAAAUGUCGCCAAGCUUAUGUAUAUCCAUAUGCUGGGCUAUCCCACGCACUUUGGGCAAAUGGAGACGCUCAAGCUCAUCGCGGGCUCAGGGUUCCCUGAGAAGCGGAUGGGCUACUUGGGGCUAAUGAUCCUGCUGGACGAGCGGCAGGAGGUGCUGAUGCUCGUGACCAACUCUUUGAAGAUGGACCUGAACAACACCAAAAACCCCUACAUCGUGGGCCUGGCACUGGUGGCCCUGGGCAACAUCUGCUCGGCGGAGAUGGCUCGUGACCUGGCGCCGGAUGUGGAGAAGCUGAUGGAUUCCUCCAUGGCCUACAUCCGCAAGAAGGCGGCACUAUGCGCCAUCAGGGUGGUGAAGAAGGUGCCGGACUUGCUGGAGCAGUUUGUGGACAAGGCGGCGGAGCUGCUCAACGACCGCAGCCAGGCGGUGGUGCUGUGCGGGGCCACACUCAUGCUGCAGAUUGUGGAGCUGGAGCACAGCAUGGUGGUCAAGUACCGGCCCUUCGUGUCGGGCAUCUGCCGCAUCCUGCGCCAGCUGCUGCAGCCCGGCAUCUCGCCAGAGCACGACAUCGGCGGCAUCACCAACCCCUUCCUGCAGGUCAAGCUGCUGCGGCUGUUGCGGCUGCUGGGCAAGGGCGACGCGCACUCCAGCGACGUGAUGAGCGACAUCCUGGCGCAGGUCGCCUCCAACAUCGAGGGCGCGCGCAACGCCGGCAACGCCAUCCUGUACGAGUGCGUGCAGACCAUCAUGGGCAUCGAGUCCAUCGGCGGGCUGCGUGUUCUGGCCAUCAACAUCCUGGGCCGCUUCCUGGCCAACAAGGACAACAACAUCCGCUACGUGGCUCUCAACACGCUGGCCAAGGUGGUGGCGGUGGACACGCAGGCUGUCCAGCGCCACCGGGCCACCAUCGUGGAGUGCGUCAAGGACGCGGACGUGUCCAUCCGCCGCCGGGCGCUGGAGCUGGUGUACAGCCUGGUGAACGAGGCCAACAUCCGCACCCUCACCCGCGAGCUGCUGGACUACCUGGCCGUCAGCGACGCCGAGUUCAAACCCGACCUCACAGCCAAGAUCUGCAUGCUCAUACAGAGGUUCGCGCCGGACCGGCGGUGGCACCUGGACCAGCUGCUGGCGGUGAUGCUGCAGGCCGGCUCCUACGUGAAGGACGAGGUGGCCCGCGCGCUGCUGGUGCAGCUGACCAACACGCCCGACCUGCACGCCUACGCCGCGCGCGCCAUGUUCCGCUCCCUCUCCGCCAACGGCGACAGCGCCUCGCCCAUCCUGGUGUGUACGGCCGUGUGGGUGAUCGGCGAGUACGGCGAGAUGCUGCUGCCGGAGCUGGGCGGCCCGCUGCUGCCGGGCGAGGCUCCGCUGCCGGUGUCGGAGGCGGACGUUGUGUCGCUGCUGGAGGUGGUGCUACGCCGGCACCGCGCGGAGGCGGUGGUGACGGAGCACGUGCUCACCGCCGCCAUGAAGCUCACGGCGCGCCUGCCCAGCCAGCUGGCCCGCCUCAAGGCCGUCAUAGGCCGCUACAAGACCAACGUGCAGCUGGAGGCGCAGACGCGGUCGUGCGAGUAUGGCAAGAUCUUCCAGCACGACCGCAUCCGGCCCUCCCUGCUUGAGCGCAUGCCGGCGCUGGACGAGGCGGAGUGGCUCAAAGCAAACAACCCCGACGCAGCGGCGGCGGCAGCGGGCGCCUCCGGCGGCGGCUCCGCGCCCGGCUCCGCAGCGGCGUCCGCAGGCGGCGCGAAGAGCGCCAACGGCGCGGCGGCGCCGGCGGCGGCAUCUGGGUCUGGUGUGGACCUUCUGGACAUGCUCGGGGGCUCGCCGGCGCCUGCCGCCGCGGCGGCACCCAAGGCGCUAGUAGACGACCUGGACGCGCUACUAGGCGGCGUGCCAACCACCGCACCCGCACCAGCGGCAGCGGCGGCGCCAACCGCGGGCCUAGCCCCAAUGGCCGCCGCGGCGGCGGCGCCGGCUGUGUCGGACGACCUCUUAAACUUGCUGGGUGUGGGCGGUGGCGCGCCGGCGACGCCCGUCCCGGCAGCAGCACCCGCGCUGGACCCGCUCGCCGCCAUCCUGGGCGCGCCGGCCGCGCCAGCGACGCCCCUUGUGGCGCCGCCGCCUGCCGCCGCAGCGCCCACCAUCGUGGCGUGGCAGGGGCACGGCCUGAGCGUGUCGUUCACGCUCACCAAGCCGCAGCCCGGCAACCCCGCCGUCACCGACAUCGCCGCCACCACCACAAACAACGACGCCUUGGAAGUGACUGACUUCACGUUGCAGGCGGCAGUGCCCAAGUUCAUGCAAAUCCGGCUGGAGCCCGCGUCCGGCUCCGUUCUGGCGGCGCGCGGCGGCGUCGUGUCGCAGCGCAUCGCCAUCAACAACACGCAGCACGGCGUCAAGUCGCUGGUCAUGCGCCUGCGCAUCACCUUCACCAUCAACGGCCAGACGCACGAGGAGAUGGGCGAGGUCACAAACUUCCCGCCGGGCCUGUGAGGCGGGGGCUGUGGGGCGGAGUCGGUAGAGAUGUGGGGCGGCUGAGCGGGCGGCGGAGGGCUGGAGCGGGCAGGUUCGGCGCAGGUGGAGGCGGAGGUGGAGGUGCAGGCCGGGAUGGGGCACAGGCGCAUGCAUGGGCAGACUUAGUGCAGUGGUCAGCGUUGGGCGUACAAGGCACUUGGGACGGUGCGUGCCCUUUCGGCAGGGUUUUGGUCAUGGUGGUUGGGUGGGCACACACAUGGUGGCACGACGUGCAGGGGCGGUACGCAAGUCGCCUCCUGUAACCAUGGGACGUUUGGUGAAGAUGCCGGAAUGAGAGUUCUAAACUUUGGCCUGGCUGCGUGUUAGCACGUGCACGAUCACGGUGAUUAGAGGACACUCGGUCGCAAGCUAGCCCCCUUUGGGCCACAGCCUCCCGGCUUGCACAAGGCACACUACCAUACUGUGAUGGCUCGGCGUCUUCGGGAGCUGGGACUGUCCCCUCUGUAACAUCCGCAUCCA